AGCGCAUCCACCAGACCGACAGCUCUUAGAAGUCCAUGGCUCCGGCGGCCAGUUCAACCCGAAUUGUGGUCCUCAUCGCCUGCCUCUGGCUCACGGUCCGAGCGGCGCAGGCGAGCUGCGGUGAGGAGUGCGCGCGCUGUCUGCACCUGCUGCGAGACAACGCGGGACAGAUGGACGCGCUGAUAUGUAAACUAGAGUGUGAAGGAAGGAUAACCACAACAAAGUCAGUGGAUCUCUGCAGGGAUGUAGUGCAGGGGGACAAAGGAGAGAUGCUGGCAGAAGGUCCGGUCACCGCGGCAGGGCCAAACCGGGGAAGAGAAGAGGAAGAGGAAAACCAGCUGGCAAAGAAGUACGGUGGCUUCAUGAAGCGCUACGGAGGAUUCAUGAAGAAGGCCAGAGAGCUCAGCGCCGCAUCGGAUGAGGUGGAGCUUAACAGAGGCUUUACGAAGAAGUAUCCAGAAGGUGUUGCUGACCAUCUCUCCAUUUUGAAAGAGCUGCUCAACCCUGAGGUGGAGGACAAAGCAGAGCAGGUGGGUGAGAUGACAAAACGGUACGGCGGUUUCAUGGAGAAGUCCAAGCGCAGCUCGGUCCCAGAUGACGAAAUCAAGGAGCUGCAGAAGAGGUAUGGGGGAUUCAUGCGGCGGGUGGGCCGGCCCUCAUGGAAGGAAGAUGAGAAAAGAUACAUUGGAUUCUUCGAGGCCCCCCAGGGAGAAGCAGGUGGAGUUGACUCCGCUGGUAUGGAGAAGCGAUACGGAGGAUUUAUGGAUUAGUUUUUUUCAGUUGAAAGACACUUUCUUACUGCCUACAUGUACAUGUCCACAUUCUUCUCACUUGCACUGCAUACCAGGUUCUUUUCACAAAGUACUUUUCAGUCCUUGGCUAUAAAUGUUUUCAGUUUUGUACUAUUCUGGAAAAUGACCACACUUUGUUAUAAUCAACCUGGAAAAGUGCACUUUAUUAAAAUUCACACAUUGUUGAACAGCAGAGGAAGCAUCCUGUAGAUCAUCUGUAGAUUGGUGAAAACGAUACAUGCAGUCACACAUUACAUGGCACUCAAACACCUCAUGUGCAUGUUCAUUCUGUUGGACAUAAGUGGGGCAUUUCUUGCUUCUUACUCAAGUCCCCCC